GGUUCAGUUCCGGACUCCGCCGUCGCCAUCUGUCACCUCAGCCUCCGGCUCCCGCUGCCGCUGACUUGACCGGGUCUCGCCGCUGUCUCCGCCUCCUCGUCCUAGAUCUCUACGGUGCUCGCUCUCUCUGCCGCUUGCUUCUCUGUACCUGCAUCCCCUGCAGAUGGAUCUAGUCGGUGUCACCACUCCUGAGCCCAGGCCAGGGUCGGCUUGGGGGCCUAACAAGUGUCCUUGGGGCACCCCUCAAAACACAAUAUCUUGUUCCUUGGCUGAUGUAAUGAGUGAACAAUUAGCUAAAGAGCUACAAUUAGAAGAUGAAGCUGCCGCUUUUCCAGAAGCUGUUUCUGUUGCUGAAGGACCUUUUGUUACUGGAGAAAAUAUUGAUACUUCUAGUGAUCUAAUGCUGGCUCAGAUGCUGCAGAUGGAGUUUGACAGGGAAUAUGAUGCCCAACUUCGGCGUGAAGAAAAGAAAUUCAAUGGAGAUAGCAAAGUUUCCAUUUCCUUUGAAAAUUAUCGAAUGGUGCAUCCUUAUGAGGACAGUGAUAGCUCUGAAGAUGAAGUUGACUGGCAGGACACUCGCCAUGAUCCCUACAGAGCAGCUAAACCUGUUCCUACUCCCAAAAAGGGUUUUAUUGGAAAAGGAAAAGAUAUUACCACCAAACAUGAUGAAGUAGUGUGUGGAAGAAAGAAUACAGCACGAAUGGAAAAUUUUGCACCUGGGUUCCAGGUAGGAGAUGGAAUUGGGAUGGAUUUAAAACUACCAAAUCAGGUCUUCAACGCUUUAAAACAACAUGCUUACUCUGAGGAACGUCGGAGUGCCCGUGUCCAUGAGAAAAAGGAACAUUCUACAGCAGAAAAAGCAGUAGAUCCUAAAACACGUUUACUUAUGUACAAGAUGGUCAAUUCUGGAAUGCUGGAGACAAUCACUGGCUGUAUUAGUACAGGAAAGGAAUCUGUUGUCUUUCAUGCAUAUGGAGGGAGCAGGGAAGAUGGGAAAGAAGAUAGUAAGGUUAUACCUGCAGAAUGUGCCCUAAAGGUAUUUAAAACGACUCUUAAUGAAUUCAAGAAUCGGGACAAAUACAUUAAGGAUGAUUUCAGGUUUAAAGAUCGCUUCAGUAAAUUGAAUCCACGAAAGAUCAUCCGCAUGUGGGCAGAAAAAGAAAUGCACAAUCUAACAAGAAUGCAAAAGGCUGGUAUCUCUUGCCCAGAAGUUGUAAUGCUUAAGAAACACAUUUUGGUCAUGUCUUUUAUUGGCAAAGAUCAAGUCCCAGCUCCCAAACUAAAAGAAGUAAAACUCAGUAGUGAAGACAUGAAAGAGGCCUACUAUCAAACCCUCCAUAUGAUGCAGCAGUUAUAUAAGGAGUGCAGUCUCGUCCAUGCCGAUUUGAGUGAGUACAACAUGCUGUGGCACGCUGGAAAGGUCUGGUUGAUUGACGUUAGUCAGUCUGUGGAGCCAACCCAUCCUCACGGUCUGGAGUUCUUGUUUCGAGAUUGCAGAAAUGUAUCACAGUUUUUUCAGAAAGGAGAGGUAAGUGAAGCCCUUGGUGAACGAGACCUCUUCAAUGCCGUGUCAGGCUUAAACAUAACAGCAGAUAAUGAAGUUGAUUUCCUGGCUGAGAUAGAAGCUUUGGAGAAGAUGAAUGAAGAUCACGUUCAGAAGAAUGGAAGGAAGUCUGCUUCAUUUUUAAAAGAUGACGGAGACCCACCGAUAACAUGUGAUGAAUAACACCAACACUUGCUGCCUCUAACCGUGUUGGUGCAGUGGUGAUUGUCACCUGCCAGUGGCAAGUGGAAUUGUGGGUGACUUGAAAUACCAAAAAAGGAAAUACGAGGAGUGUACAAUGGUGCUUCUGUGUUUUUUUUCCUUGGUGACCCAUGUGCCAGAUGUGUGGGGUUUUUAGCUUGGCACUGUAAGAAUAGAAUGUCACUACCUCUUAUUAUAUGAUUGGGCUAAUUUAAUUCUUCAGCUGCAUUAGGUUAUUGCAGCUGAAGUAGACAUGAUUUUUGCAUGAUUCAGGGCAUAAGUGUUUUGGUGCAUAUUUUUUUAAAUUUAGGUAACAUAUCUAAGUAUGAAGAAAGGACAGCUAUAUUUGGAAAAAGAGAGUUUUAGCAGAAUUUCUUCUCAGUUUUUCUUUUCAGUUUUCUCAAUUUUUCUUCCCCAAACGAAGUACUUGGUCGUGGUUCUAAAGGGAAAUGUGGGUCUUCCUUAGUGAAAGUGAUGAAUGAAAAUUGUUUUGGAAUGACUUGUGUGAAAGAGGCAUUAGCUGUGUGUCCAUUGGUACAAUUGAAAAUCUGAUUCAGACUCGCACCUCUUCAAGGCAAAGCAUCGUAGGUUCCUGAAUAAUUCCAAGUCACAUUAUAUCCAAGAGGUUUAACUUGAAUGUUUUACAAAUUUCUUAACUUCUGGUUUUUCUACUUUUAGGCUUAAUUUGAUAAGGAUAACGUACCUGCAUUUUACCCUUAGAACUAAAAUUUAAAUUACUUGGGAUGACAGAAUUUGAGAUUUAACCAUGUUUUACAUAUUGUGGUGAAAUUUUUAUUUUAAAAAUACAGUACAUUUUACACUUUGCUCAAUUGUAACUGUGUGAAGUUGAGAGGCACCCAUUUAUUUGAAGUGGCUCUAAGCAAGCUAACUGGAAGACAGUUGGAAGUAAUCAUAUUAGUAAACAAAGCGGAAUGCAACUCCAGGUACUACAAUUUACAUAAACCAGGACAGACUGUUUGACCUCAGUUUCAACAGAAUGUUCAGCACUGACUAAUUUCAGAUUCUAAGAAAAUCGAUUGUAUGCCUGGGCUGACAGUGAAGUUCAUUAUCUGCAUCUUUGCUAUUUUCUCAGAACUUAGGUAAAAUUGGAACACCUUCUAAAACCCUUAUUGGUUCUGUGUUAACAUAAAUUACAUUUUUCUUGAAAUAAAAAAGUAAAAAUUAAAUAUUCAGACUUAAAAACUCUACUACAUUUGAAAAAUGAACCUGAUGAUUCCUUUUUCCUUCCUAGUAAAAGAAAUCCUUUGUGUUGCUUUUUGCUGAAUUCUAGAGAGAUCCAGUCUUUGAUAGAUAAUUCAUUACUUCUGAAACAUGUUCUUAGUACUCUGACAAGGGUUUUAAGAUGACUGGUUAUUUAAUGCAUUGUAUAAAUUAAGACAACUAUCUAAUUUUGAAAACCUUUAACAUUUAAAAAUUUUUGGUUUUAUAACAUACCCUGUUUUACAAAGAGCAGCAAACCAUUGCUGUGUGACAUUCUUGCAGUGUGCUGUGGAAAGUGCUCUUUUUUAAAAAUUAAAAAAAAAAAGUCAUUCAUUC